GCAAGGCAGGACACGGCAGUGGCAUUAAUUCAUAAUUAGUCUCAGAGUGAGAUAAAGAAAAGUAGCAAUGGCAAAGCCACAAGUGUUUUUUGAACUGACUGCCGAUGGUGAGGCGCUGGGCCGUGUCGUCAUGGAGCUGCGGGCUGAUGUUGUGCCCAAGACUGCAGAAAACUUCCGCGCUCUGUGCACCGGGGAAAAAGGCUUCGGAUACAAGGGGUCGAAAUUCCACCGUGUCAUUCCGGAGUUCAUGUGCCAGGGUGGAGACUUCACCAAGGGCAACGGAACUGGGGGCAAGUCCAUCUACGGCAACAAGUUUGAGGAUGAGAACUUCACGCUGAAGCACGUGGGCCCGGGCAUUCUGUCCAUGGCCAAUGCUGGGCCCAACACGAACGGCUCCCAAUUCUUCAUCUGCACCGCCGCAACCAGCUGGCUGGAUGGCAAGCACGUGGUGUUUGGGAGUGUGACCAGCGGCAUGGAUAUCAUCACCAAAGUGGAGACCUACUGGAGAUAAGAAAGACGGAAAGACUUCUAAGAACAUCGUGAUUGCCGACUGUGGCGAAAUCAAUUGAAGCAAACGAAUGCGAAGCACUGCAUUGCCUGGCGGUGUUUGGUGAGGUGGUUUGAGUUGGCUGCUGUUUCACGCGAAUAAAGUGGCCCUGUUUGAGCUCAUUUCAGCCAAAUGUGAGGGGAAGGUAAAUUAUCUCCACCAAAAGUACAUCCACAUGAAAUGAAAGUUUGAUUCAAAGCAAUGUUUUUCCAGCCCCUUGACCGGACUUGCUCUACGUAUCAUCAGUGACAAGCUAUACAUACUACAUGGGUUUUGAAAAAUUAUGGACCCGAUUUGAAAUCGCUAUAUCUCUGCAAUCACGAACCGCCCAUGAAUGAAACUCUUACCACUUGAAAGGGCGGGGCAUAGAGUUUCAAAUGAUGCCUCUCCCAGCGCACAAACAGCCCCUAGCCUCAGUAAUUCGCAAGACACACUGCCUCAACAUUGGAUAGGUCGCACGGGACCCCAAGACUUGGCGCUACACUCUUGGCUCCCAAGAUCCCCAAACAUCACCUCACCCUGCGGCUUUGUCUUGUGGGGAUACGUCAAAGACCGUGUUUUUGUGCCACCAUUAGCGACUAAUCUGGAUGACCUCAAAAACAGAAUCACGGCAGCGGUGACUUCAGUGAAAGAGGACACUUUGAGAGGCGUUUGGGACGAAUUCAACUAUUGUCUCGAUGUUGUCCGUACAGCAGGUGGAGGGCACAGAUCAUUUAUAAAAUGGUUAGUAAAACUUGAUAACUCGUUAAACCGUUUGUAACUUUUUGUGUAAUUGUAACAUGUUGCCAUCGUGAAAUAUACUGCUUUGAAAUUGGGUUCAUACAUUUUUCAAACACCCUGUACUUUGAGAACAUUGGCAAAAGAGUUAUCGAAUGUGGCCUGCAAAUACAUUUAAAAUUAAUUAUACAUCACUUUUGAGACGCUUCACAAGUCAUCAGCCAGUGUUCCCGUGCUCUGACAAGCAUUGGGCAGUGCCCGUCAUCAAUGUGUAAAUUCCACAUUCUCAUAGCCGUAGCUUGUUUCUUCACCGAAAAAUAUAUUGAAUUUAAACUGGCUGGUAUUUGAACUCCUGUUUGGAAAAUAUCUUUCUCUGCCAGUUGAGCUUUAACCCGGAGCUUUCAGGCUGAACAACUUAAAUAUGUGACACUUUGAUGUGGUAAUACAUAGGCACGGUACUUACCUUCUCAAUGUAAUUAAAAAAAGAAUGACAAUUACCGAUGUAUUUAAUUUCUGUAUCGCAGUAAACAGCUAAAUUACUCCGAAUGCUACAAAUGCAAUUACCAAGAUGUUAGUUGCGUACAUUUUUGUUUUGGACAUUUUCACGGUUGAGGUUUUCUCAACCUGACCUUAAUGUUCGACUCAUCCAAGCAUCCAACUCACACCGUAACAGCCAAACUGCUGAUAAAAACCGCACGCAGGUUACCCAAGUAGGAUAAUCGCUCUCAGAUUCCCGCACGACUUUGCUGCAAGGUCGUUAUUUUAAUUUCGAUUAAUUUUGACUGUGUCCGUGCUUUUUUUCUGCAAUGAUUCCAAAGCACAGCUUCUCCCCCCGAAGUUGGAACCAGGGUGGGCACAGUUGUGUCUCUGUACUCAUCAUAUGACCAGCAAUAAAGUAAA